UAAAGUUUUGUGAAAAAAUGCAGCAAUUCGAACGCAGAUCAAUUGUAAAUGGAGCUCUCCUAAAAAGACACAUUGGUCAAUGCGUCAGCAUUCAUCUGAAGGUGGAUCGUGCCGCCGAUGGUUGCAGAACGUUCAAGGGUUCCACGACCGAUGGUGUUAACGUUCAAGUGAUACUGUCGGAACCAUUGAAUGGCGCGUGCACAGGAUGGGUAGAAGUAAUAGGAAUUGCCGGUCCCAACGACAUGGUUCGCUGUAAGCAGAUCAUCACAUACUUUUCCACUGGCGGUAAAAUGAAGGACUUCGAUGUGGACGGACACAAUAUGUUGUGCACUUUGCUGUCGGUGUGUAAGAAUCCUUUUUACCUGGGUCCACAAAUGUAA